AUGAUCGACACCUUCGAGACGCGGGACACGGACGUCUUCAUCUGCACGUACGUGAAGGCGGGGACGACGUGGGCGCAGCAGAUCGUCACGCUGCUCUGCAACGGCGGCGAGCAGGGCGACAAGUCCUACGGCGAGCAGGUGCCCUGGCUCGAGGCCCUCGCCGCGCCGGAGACCUUGGCCGAGCGCGAGGCGCCGGGCUACACGCUCGAGUCCAUCGACGCGAUGGCGGACCCGCGCUUCUUCAAGAGCCACGCGACCUUCGGCGACCUGCCGCGGGGCAAGGCGCCGGGCGUCAAGGUCAUCGCCAUCGCGCGCAACCCCAAGGACACGGUCGUGAGCCUCUUCCACCACGCGUCGUCGAAACCCGAGUUCGGCUACAAGGGCGACUUCACGACGUUCCUCAAGGUCUUCCUGUCCGGCAACGCGGAGAACGGCUCCUGGUUCAAGCACGUCGUCGAGUGGCACGCCGCGUCCAGGGCGGACCCGGACCACGUGCUCUGGCUCACCUACGAGGCCAUGAUCGACGACCACGCGGGCUCCGUCGCCAAGAUCGCGGCGUUCCUCGGCCUCCCCGACGCGGGCGACGUCGUGGCCAAGACCGUCGCGAACUCGACGAUGAAGUCCAUGCAGGCCAACAAGAAGGCGAACAUCGGCAUGAACCACCUCCGCAAGGGCGGCGUCGGCGGCUGGCGCGACUACUUCACCGUGACGCAGUCCAACCUCUUCGACGCGGUCUACGCGCAGAAGAUGGCCGGCACGGGCCUCGCCUUCAACUUCGGCGAGGGCCUCACCAUGUAG